UUGAUCCACACAAUUGGCAUCAAAGAAAACGAGCAUCUCAGCUGAUUUUUGUGCCGAACCAUCGAGAUUACAAGAUUUUCACUAACGUCGUCCACGUUAAAAUCCCCGAGCCUCUGCAACUCGCCAAGCGAAGCCCACCAACGCAGGAAGUAUUCGAGCACGGUGUUUCUACUUUCUUACCCAUAUGGCUAUUGAGGCAUGGUUCAUGGACGAAAACAUUGAGGACCAGAGGCUUCCUCAUCAUCGCAACCCUAAAGAGUUCGUUUCACUCCAGCACCUGGGAGUACUAUACUGGCAUAUGAACCCAAAGGCGUACGAGAAGGACGAGGAAUUGAAGAAAAUUAGAGAAGCCAGGGGCUACAAUUACUCUGAUAUGUUGGAUUUGUGCCCUGAGAAAGUGGAGAAGUACGAGGAGAAGCUGAGGAACUUCUACACAGAGCACAUCCAUGGCGACGAAGAGAUUCGAUACUGCUUGGAAGGGAGUGGGUAUUUCGAUGUCCGGGAUAAGGACGAUCGCUGGAUUCGCAUCUGGAUCAAGGCCGGCGAUCUCAUCGUCUUACCUGCCGGAAUUUACCACCGGUUCACCCUCGACACCACUAACUACGUCAAGUUGAUGAGGUUGUUUGUGGGUGAGCCAGUGUGGACGGCCUACAAUCGUCCGCAGGAGGAUCAUCCGGCGAGGAAGGGGUACAUCGAGAGUGUUCUGACUCAGAAGAUCGGAGUCCCACUCCAAGCUCAUUGAACUUGAGCUCUAUUUUAAUAUCGAGCAAUAGGAACAUAAUUUUUAAACACAGACACAAUUCCAUCCGGAGCCGUUCAAUACAUGUGGACCCAUAUGUAUCGAACGAUUGUAGAUACAAUUGUGUCCGGGAGGAGUGUUCCUAGACUUUUUGUUUUCAUAUUUCACGUGUGUCCUUAAUUUCUGUAUUGUAUGAGUGGUUUACAUUAAAAGCAUCCAAUAAAACAUAAAAUUGAGAGUCGCGUAAAAAGUGACA